GCGCCUCUAAAAUGCGUCUUCUGCAUGUCGUCAUUACUCUGCGCCGCACUGAAAAAGCACCGUCUUAAAAAAAAAACUAACGUCAGUUUAGCUGUCAAAAGUGUGUUUGUUUCGGACAGAAUGCGAGUCGAGCAUCUUAAUUAUAUUGUGAUAAACUACCAGCACUAGGAAUCUGUCGACAACAGGGCAAGUUGACCGUUUUUAGCUUCGAGAAGCUGGGUGGAGCAGCGGAGAGUUGCCUCAGCUGGCGUUAGCAUAGCUAGGAUAGUGAUCUGUAGCCAGUGUGUAUGCAGGCAACAUUUGUGCAGACAUUUGCCUCUACCGAGUGGAUAUCACAAUGCCGCACAUUUCUGUGAGCUACAUUUUGUUGUGUGGACAGUUCCUGUUGCUUGUUACGAUGUUGCUUUUGCAAUGCCUGGACGGGAUCCACUCCCAAAACUCAACCGAGACACCCGGAAACACAGUAACGACCGCAACAACAACAACAACAACAACGACGAUCGCCACCAGCGCCGUCACUUCCACAGCAGCCGGUCACCCCGGACAACCUGAAGGAAACGCCACGGAUAGUUUCAUAGCCUCUGAUCAGUCAAAUCACACGGAGCAGUACGAGUACAACCCUCCGUCUCCAGUCGUCCUCUGCCGCUACCUGCCCGAGGAGUUUAUAUACUGUCACGACCCCGUCGACCAUGACGGAAAUGUGACGGCCUUUAUUGAGAUGGGACAUGGGUGUGUAAAGAUUGGAAAUCAGGGUCAGGUGUACAAAGACGUAAACCACACUCAAGUGUUGUGCUCAGCCUUGGAUGGUAUCGAAUGUGCAGGGCCUCGAGAAUUCCUCAGGGGGAACGAGCCCUGCAUUAAGUACACGGGCCACUACUUCAUAACCACACUGCUGUACUCCUUCUUCCUGGGCUGUUUCGGAGUGGACCGCUUCUGCCUGGGUCACACGGGCACGGCCGUCGGCAAGCUCCUCACGCUGGGCGGACUGGGAAUCUGGUGGUUCGUGGACCUGAUCCUGCUCAUUACUGGCGGCCUGGCGCCUAGCGACGGGAGCAACUGGUGCACCGUGUACUGAGCGGCAGACAGCAGAACGCAGGUGCCCCCCCCGCUGGCCGCCAGCCACCCUCGCUGGCAUUCUCCAACAAACACGUGCUGCUGGCACUAGAGCAUUUUAGAACGUUAGAAACGGAAUCCACAAGCCAAAUGAAGCGGCGUGAAAGGGGGACGAAAUUCUGGUGCCGUAAACAGCUGUGAAACACAUGUUGUUGGUGUUGGUUGGAGAAUGUUGUUUUGGUAUGUCCUGGGCUUUACUGUGACUGCCCUAGUAGUAGUAGUAGUAGUAGUAGUGUGUUGACAAAUUUUGUUGCCUAAGAACCUCCUGUAUGUCCCAAAUCUGUUACUUUUAUUGUCUAAGUUAUUGUUGUGUUUUUUUUGUUUUUUUGUUUUGUACAGUGUAAAGAGGAUAUUCCCGUUGUAAAUAAAUGGUACCAUUCAGGUAAUUGCACAAAAAAAUAAGUCACUAAGGUGUCUGUGAGCAGAAAUGAACCAACUUCAUACACUUCACUAUGUAUGUAGAAAUUCUCAUAUUCCUUCUUAUUUGCAAGAUGUUAUGAUCCAGACAACACAGAAUAAAUACAAAACAACAUCA